CAUCCCGGGGCUGAGAGGCAGGAGACUUCCAAGCACCGUGCCGAAACUCUCUGGAAACUUUUGGAUUCAGGAUUCAAGGCCGCUUUGGACUUUGUCACCCACUUAUUGUUUGCAACGCAACCGAAGGGAUUUUGUUUUUUAUUCCGUGCGCUUGCAGCGAAGUUUAAAAGGAGAACCAUGCAGAUACCGUCAGCGCACCGCUUCUUUGCUGUGUAUCUCACUCUCUUUGGAUACAUUGGGGACGUUUACGCAGGGGCUGUCUUGAUGAACUCCAACGCCAUCAAAAACUUGCCCGGAGCUUCGGCUGGCAAAAUCGCCGACACUGUCAGCCCGAGUCCGCGCACCUCACCCUCCGGUAGCGUGGGACACAAAUUACCCGUAGACACCUUGCAGCAGUCAGGUGUGUGUACUGAUGAUGAAGACUGCGGAGGUGAUGAAUUCUGCAACGACGCUCGAGGCGCCUGUCUGCCGUGCCGUAAGAGCCGGAAGCGUUGCGCAAGGGAUUCCAUGUGUUGUGCAGGAAACCGCUGCAGCAAUGGUGUUUGUCAAGCAAAUGACAUAGAUGGCACAGAUGCAUCCAUCAUCCCUGGCUGGCACAAACUCAACAACACCAUGGAGCAUCCAGCCAAGAGGCCUCCCACUGCCCAUGGCUAUCAGCCUCAUACUGUCAAAGGCCAAGAGGGAGAUACAUGCCUGAGAUCUGCCGACUGCUCUGAGGGCCUGUGCUGCGCCAGACACUUCUGGUCUCGCAUCUGUAAGCCCGUGCUGACAGAGGGCCAGGUGUGCACACGCCACCGAAGGAAAGGCAACCACGGCUUGGAGCUGUUCCAGCGCUGUGACUGUGGCGAGGGCCUGGCCUGCCGACCAGAAAAGGGAGAGAGGGAUCACAGUGUCAGCAGGACUGCAGGCCGGAACCUACACACCUGUCAGAGACGCUGACACAGACCCAUGGACACACAGACGAGGAACACACACAGACACGCACCCGUAAAUCAGUCACAGACACUGACGAAACACUUUUCAGCCUUGCAUACACCAGAGAUGCUGACGCACACACACACGCGCACACACACACACAGACAUCCAACACCUAAGACAUUCUUUCCUGCCAAAGCUGCUGACACAAACACAUCACCCGGAAGGAUGGACAUGAAUCCUGGAAAAGUGAUACACCCAGAGGGAUGCAACAAUGCAAGACGGACUGAUCCAAUUCCUCAUUAACGGAUGAGUAGCCGGAUGUUAGGAAGUGACAUUUCAGAAGUAUCAUGUUGUCAGUAAUGGCAGGGCCGCUUUGUUUCUUUUUAUGGAACUUCAAGCCGUGAUUAUUGCAGUAAAUUACUGUAUUGUACAUAUUAUCCUGGAUGUGGCACUUAAUGGAUCUAUUGAAUUCUGUCAACACCAGUAUUAUAAAGACAUGGUGCUGCAUGCAUUGUAUAUAUACUGUUUUAUAAAAAAAAAUUGUUAUCUAUAGAAAAUUUGAAUAUAUUUGUUUUAUUAAAUGACAUCGGACAACCUUA